GUACAGUGUAGGUUGUGAAGUGGGAUGAUUACGGAAACAUCGCGAAAUUUAUUUAAAAAAAAAACUGAAUUUAUAAUAAAAUGUUAUGCAAGUAAAAGUGCCUACCGGGAUUCGUUAAAAAUAAAAUGGAUUGUAAACGAGUGAUUCACCAAGGUUACGUUUUGUUAUGAAGUCCUUUUCAACAAUUUUAUAAUCUCGAAGAAAUCAAGUCUCCAAUGGGUUUUCAAGAGAAAAAGACUACAAGACACAGCAGCGUUGAUGAGAGCACUCACUUAGACCAAUUUUUGAAGAUUUCCAAUUAUGAGGACACAGUAAGGCAGCUUGAUAUAUACUAUGGAAUGGUCAAACGCCAAUUACUUCGCUAUCAAAGUCCCAUAACUGGUCUCUUUCCAGUAUUAUCAAAUGAUACAGAAGUGGGGAGCGUUCGUGAUAGUAUUUACUGUGCUGCUGCCGUCUGGGGUUUAUUUCAAGCUUACAGGAGAAUAGAUGAUGAUAGAGGUAAAUCAUAUGAAUUAGGACAAUCUGCAGUAAAAUGCAUGAGAGGCAUUUUGGAGUGCUGGGAGAGGCAGUCGAAACGAAUAGAGCUGUUCAAACAGAAGCAAUGCAGCUCUCAUGCUUUACACGUUAAGUUUCAUAUGAUUACAGGAUAUGAAAUCUUCAAUGACAAUGAAUACAAUCAUUUGCAAAUAGAUGUUGUUUCCAUUUAUCUGUUGUUUCUAGUGCAAAUGAUCACUUCGGGGCUACAGAUCAUUUACACACAGGAUGAAGUAGCAUUUGUGCAAAAUCUAGUGUAUUAUGUUGAAAGAGCGUACCGUACACCAGAUUUUGGCAUGUGGGAAAGAGGUUGUAAAUACAACGAUGGGACUCCUGAAAUUCACGCCAGCUCAAUAGGAUUCGCUAAGUCAGCGCUCGAGGCUAUAAAUGGUUGCAAUUUGUUUGGUGAAAAAGGGGCCUCCUGGAGUGUUGUUUAUGUCGAUAUAGACGCCCAUAAUCGAAAUAGAAGUAUUUUCGAGACUCUUUUGCCUAGAGAAUCGUGUACAAAGGAUGUUGAUUCUUCACUAUUGCCAACGAUAUCAUUUCCUGCAUUUUCCACUCAUGAAGAAAGCUUGUAUCAGGAAACGAAACACAAUGUUAUCCGAUGUUUAAAAGGUAACUAUGGCUUCAAGAGAUACAUUCGGGAUGGUUACAAGAGCGAACUUGAAGAUAAAAACAGCAGGUAUUAUCAAAAAAGUGAAAUUAAAAAUUUCGAAAAUAUUGAAUGUGAGUGGCCUCUCUUUUAUAUAUUCAUGAUUAUUGAUGGUGUCUUCAAGGCACUUCCUGACCAAAUUCAGGAAUACCAAGACUUACUGAAGGAAAGAAUAAUGGUGGAUCAUCAUGGAGAUCCAGUAAUCCCAAUGUACUACUAUGUUCCCAAGGAAAAUAUCGAAAAGGAACAAUGCGAACCCAAUACCACUAAGAAAAAACCAAACACCGAGGGUGGCCUUUUUCUGUGGAAUCAGUCCAUGUUCAUUUUGGCGCAGCUACUGACAGAAGGUCUGUUACAUAUCAAUGAACUUGAUCCUAUUCGUAGAUAUUUGCCAUCUUAUAAUAGACCGAGAAAGGGAGGGCGCUAUUCUGCUUUUCAGGCAAAACCAAAUUUUGGUACAGCGACUGAUCUGGUGGUCCAAAUCGUACUCAUAGCUGAGUCGAUGCGACUUCAGGCGAUGAUGGCCACUUACGGAAUACAAACUCAGACUCCGCACGAGGUAGAACCGGUUCAGAUCUGGUCGUCCACGCAGCUAGUCAAGGUUUAUGAAAAUCUGGGAGUCAACCAAAAGCUGAAUCUACAUGGAAGGCCCGUAAGACCCGUUGGAAGCUUGGGCACCAGUAAAAUAUACAGGAUAGCAGGCUCUACGGUUCUGUGCUAUCCAAUUAUAUUUGAAGUAUCGGAUUUCUAUCUCUACAGAGAUAUGGCACUCUUGAUUGAUGACAUCAAAACGGAGCUACAGUUCGUUGGAAGAUACUGGAGAUUGUCUGGAAGACCCACUGUAUGUCUGCUUAUUAGGGAGGAGCAUAUGAGAGAUCCUCAAUUCAAGAAAAUGUUAGAUUUGCUUGCGAUGCUGAAGAAGGGAUACUGUGAUAGUGUUAAAGUUAGGAUAGGGAGGCUGCAGAAUCUUAUUUCAAGUUCUUGUGUUGAACAUUUGGAUUUUAUGCAUAUUGUGGAUAACCCUACCGAUGACUACCAACAUUUCAAGCAGUUGGAACACGAUUAUAUAGGCUACCAAAGUUUGACGGACAUUCCUAGGAUGAUGGAUUACAACGACGAACUGAAGGAUUAUAGUUCAUUUAAGUUCAAGUCAACAUACGAAAUUGUAGAAGGUAUCAGCGCAAUCGAAAGCUUAUUUGCAAGGUGUCAACUGUUCGGAAUUCUGCUGAAAAGAGAGGGUCCUCAAUUCCGGGUACUGAACCGUGCGGUGGAGGAACAUCUUCAAAGUUUGUAUCAUCAAGCAGGGUGCUUGAGACAUUGGGCGGCCGUUAGAUACACCAGUAGCUUGUUGAAUCAUAACGUAGAUUCUAUAAGUCCUUUUAUAACAGCCGUUUUAGUGCAUGGAAAGCAGCUCACAGUGGGUGUCGUGGGGCAGAAAGAAACUGUUUUCGAUAAACCUUUGACGCCAGCGGAAAUACAGUCAGUGGUGUACAAUACAAUACAGCCCUAUGAUGUCAUACAGGCAGUUUUGCAACAAGAAAUAAUUUUAUAUUGUGGACGCUUGAUAUCCACGAACCCGGAAUUGUUUAGAGGUAUUCUGAAAAUUCGAGUGGGAUGGGUCUUGGAAGCCAUCAAAUUAUACUUGAAUAUAUUUGGUGACCAGAAGAAACUUGAAGACCACAGUCCUUAUGAAGUCAGACAGCUUCUAUACAGGGUUUUAUCCAUCGAUGAAUGGUGUAGUGAAGAAAAAUCGACCCCUCAUCAAAAGAGACAACUGGAGGGUUGUUUAUGCAGGGUUCCAUCUUCCUUCUAUAAUCAAGUUUGGGACAUAAUGACUCGAACUCCACAGGGUAUAAGAGUAGCAGAGAAUGUUAUUCCACAACAUCCAAUCCUCUCCAAUAUGACACGAUCUGAGCUAACAUUUUCUCUUUUGGUUGAAGAGAUGCUAAAUCAUGUUCAACGACCAGAACAUCGGCAGUUGCUAGUCGAACUACUGACAAUAGUGUCAGUAAUACUGGGAAGAAAUCCUGAGUUGACGUUCAACAAGGAAUUGGAUUUGGAACAACUCAUCAAAGAUGCCGCUCACAUGUAUGCAAUGGAUAACGACCAAAAGGAGGAAAAUGUCUGUGAUCUUCUAGAAGUACCUCAAUCGAGUUCAACUGGAUAUUUAGCCAGAGCAGUAGUCAACACAGUCCUUAAAGGAGGUCAAAUCACCCAAAACAUUGAACAUGAGCCAGAGUCCUGUAGAAUUUCAUAAAAAGUUGUUUUCUUCCUGUAUAUAUUAUUGUGAAAACACCAUGUUAAUGUAAUAAAUUGUUGAAACCUA